ACCUUUUCGGUCGGAUGUGCUGCCAGACCUUUUGAGAAAACACUAUCAGCAGGCCGUCAAUAGAAUAUUAGUUUUCGAAGUUUUAACUGAAAAUAGGCCAAACAACGUUUCAUAUUUGCUAAAUUCACAGCAGUGUUCAGAAAAAAAUAGUUCCACACCACAUAGAAGUCGAGUACACCGGCACGGCACUAUGGCGAUGACCCUCAACAUUGGCUCUCUCAAACUGAACAAAUGGCAGUUGGCGCUCAUCGUUGGCACUCCCCUGGCCAUUGGACUCGGAACGUACGCGGUGAAGAGGUGGACAUCGGCACCGGGCGGAAAAGAAACCGACAGAUCCAAAACACAAAGCGAACAAAAUCGGGGGAAGGGAAAGAUCGAGAAACAGGCUUUGUCGAUCGAUGGCACUGCGCCGGACAGUGAGUUGGAGAAGAGUAAGAAAUCAGCGGAGCUGGGCGAGCCGCUGACACCUCUCAAGGAGGCAAACAACUACAAGAUAGAAGGCAACAACUGCUACAGAAAUGGAAAGUAUGACGAGGCAAUCAAAUUCUAUGACAAGGCCAUCGAAAAAUGCCCCAAGGAGCACAACACGGACAUGGCCAUCUUCUACCAGAACCGUGCCGCAGCCUACGAAGUUCUCAAGAAAUGGUCUAACGUGAAAGAAGACUGUACGGCGGCCCUGGAAUACAAUCCGCGCUAUGCGAAGGCCUACUAUCGUCGUGCUCGCGCCCACGAUGCCACGAAGAAUAUGCUUGAGUGCUUGGACGAUGUUACCGCCACCUGCAUCCUGGAGAUGUUCCAAAACAAUAACACCAUCAUGUUUGCCGAUCGCGUGCUGAAGGAAACAGGUCGCGUUGCCGCCGAGAAGGGUAUGCGCACCAGGGUACCCGUGGUGCCUUCGGCCUGCUUUGUUAACACAUAUAUGCGUUCAUUCAUCGCGGAUCCGCUGCAGAGCAUCCCACUUCCGUCCAAAUCGGAGUCCGAUGCGCCUCUGAAGGGAUUCCUUCGGGCUCGUCAAUGUUUCAUCAACGAGCAAUUCGAUGACAUUAUUCCUGCCUGCACUGAAGAGAUCGAGUCCUCCGAGGCGGAGGCGCAAUACAAGGUGGAGGCCCUGCUCAUGCGUGGCACGUUCCACCUGCUGUGCGGCUCCUACACGGAGAGCAAGCAGGACUUGGAUGCAAUUCUCGGCAAUGGUGAUGCUGAUCCAACACUGCGAGCUUAUGCGUAUAUAAAGCGGGCUGCCCUGUUCAUCCAACUGGACGAGCGCGAAAAGGGACUGGCCGACUUCGAAGAGGCCGAGCGACUGAAGCCAGACAACCCCGACAUUUUCCAUCAGCGGGCCCAAAUUUUGUUGCUGCUCGAGCAGAUCGAGCCAGCGCUGGUCGAGUUCAGCAAGGCGGUUCGUCUCGCGCCCAACCACGCCAUCGCGCUCGUCCAGCAGUGCUACGCCGAGUACCGACUAUCCCUGUUGGUCGGCGAUCAGCGGCGGUUGGAGGCUGUGAUGCGCUCCUUCGAACAGGCCAUUGAAAAGUUCCCCGACUGUGUCGAAUGCUACAGCCUAAUGGCCCAAGUGCUAGCCGAUCAGCAACAGUUCCCACAGGCCCAGCAAUACUACGAGAAGGCCAUGAAGUUGGCGCCAAACAAUCCGGCAUUGAUUGUCCACCAGGCGAUUAUGAUGCUGCAGUGGCGAGGAGACAUUGAAAAGGCCGUUGAGCUUCUCAACAAGGCUAUUGAAGUGGAUCCAAAGUGCGAGUUGGCUUACGAAACCCUAGGAACGGUGGAGGUGCAGCGGGCGAACCUAAAGAAGGCAGUGGAGCUGUUUGAGAAGGCUCUGCUCUAUGCAAAGAGCCAGGCGGAGCUAAUACAUGUCUAUUCCCUUCACAAUGCGGCCGUUGCGCAGAUCAACGUUACCAAGAAGCUGGGUAUCGAUAUGAGCUCCGUUUCGGCGAUGGUCCACUCCGGUGCAAUGCCCCAGGGCAUGUAGAGUGUGGGAUGAAUGGGAUCAGGAUCGAAAUUGGGAGCAUUUAAAUACACAGAGACAAACACUACCAGAACCACACCACACCCACGACAACCAACACCGGCUAACCUGACCCAACUAUGCUAAUACGACCAUCAUACCUGUUAUUUAUAUAUACAUAUAUAUAAAGCUUGUUUUUGUUUAUGCUCCUAGGACAUAGCAUAGAAAUCGCAAUGUAUUAUGAUACAUAUGUAAACUAGAAUCUGUUGCCUAAGAAAACCUCUAGCUUAUGUUUAAGUGUAAGAUUAAACUAA